GUGGCGGGAGAAAAGAAAGUAGAGAUCUCAUAAGACGGCCAGCAUGUCCAGACCGGCUCGUGGGCCCAAGAUCCCCACCCCCAAGGGGUUGAAGUGGAACCAUGUGCUCUCGCGGUUGGCACUUAUCCCCAUUUGUGCAUUGGUUUCGUUUCACUUGGUGCGCUACCUUCAGUACCCGACCAUCGAAUUGAGAAGUCUCAAUGCCGCCAUGGCCGGGAUUCAGAGUGUCUUGAAGCAGGACUACCUCGAAGAUGAGAGGACCUCGGCGAGCAACCAGAGCGAAGCUCAAGUGAUCACCAUUGCCCUGGUGGCGUGUGGCAGCAAAGACCGCUUCGACGAAGUGUCCGUCAUCCUCAAGUCCCUGCUUCUGUUCUCGACCUCUCCGUUCCAGUUGAUCGUGUUCACGGACUCACUUCGCUCAGAGAUCACCGAGUUCCUCGAGCCGAUCCGGGUUCAGGAGCCCCGCCAAUUUGUGGACUUUGCUUAUGAGAUCAAGGAGCCCAAUUAUCCGGUGUCCGUGGAGAACCAAGAGAUCAAGAACACGUUUCAAAUGUGCGCCAGUUUGAGGCUGUUCAUGCCGGAUCUGUUGCCCCAUGUGGACAAGAUCCUCUAUCUAGACACGGAUAUUGUGCUGCUCGACUCGUUGGAUCAUAUCUGGAACCAGUUCCAAGUCAUGAAUGCGUCGCAAAUGGCAGCCAUGGCUCAUGAGAACCAGGUCGAAAUCCUGAACGUGUAUUCGUACGCCAAUUAUCCGACUUUGGAGCUAGGCUUCAACUCGGGUGUGAUGCUGAUGGAUUUGGAGAAGAUGCGGCGGUCGUUUUGGAUCGAUAAGAACUUGGCCAUCUACAAGCAUCUCAGUGACCAUCUCAUCUUUGGAGAUCAGGACAUUAUCAACAUUUACGCACAUUACUUCCCCGAGUCGAUCCACGUGUUGCCGUGCACGAUGAACUUCCGCCCGGAUUUGUGUCUCCGUCCGGAUCUGUCUUGUCCGGAGGUGCGAAGCGGGGACCGCGUCAUGCUGCUCCACGGGAACCGACGGGCCUUCAUGGAGAAGUGGCAGUUCGGAGGCUCGCUCUUCAAGUACUUGCUCCAAGUGGUGCGGUGGUACUUGAAGAAUGCCAACAUCAUUCCCUACUCGAUCCGCGUGAUUCCCACAGUGUACCCACAGAACGUCUACCAGGCCGUUCAAAGGACUUUCAGUCAAAUCGACUUGCGCCAUCCCAACGUCAAGCACGACGUGGAGCACUUGUUCCUCCAGAGGCUCAGCGCCUAUUCCAAUCUGGAGGGGGACAUCUGUGCCGGGAUCGUGGAUUCGCUCAAGACCUCGUUCAAGACGAAUCAAACCCAGUUAUGACCUUGGCUCAUCCCUUGGGAAGCCAAUGACUAUUCAAACCAUAGAACCAAAUAAAGGGAAAUGAACACGAACGGAACUGGGAACUGCUAGGGAUGUUCCGGCUAAACGGA